UCCUCUCCUACCACCUCCGCGCGCGCCACCGCAGAUAUUUUCCUUUUUCCCGCACCAAGCCCAGCGCCUUUAUAUACGCCGCGCGCCCAUCCAUUCCGACGCCUCGCUGUCUCUCCCCAUCUCGUCUCAGGUCGCCAUCGAAGCACAAGCACCGGUAGCACUAGCAGGAACCCCCUAACGCCCCAGCGUGAGAUCGCGAGAUUGUAGCUUGAUCGAUCGAGGCAGGGAAGAUCGGAAGAGGAUCGACGAUGCAGUCGCCGUCGCACUACCAGUCCUCCUACUACGCCGUGCUCGGCGUCCACCCAGGCGCGUCCGCCGCCGAGAUACGCGCCGCUUACCACCGCCUCGCCAUGAGGUGGCACCCGGAUAAGAUCGCGAAUGGCCGUGUGGAUCCGGCGAUCGCGGAGGAAGCCAAGGGAAGGUUCCAGAAGAUACACGAGGCAUACCAGGUGUUGUCGGAUGAGAAGCGGAGGGCGCUCUACGACGCCGGGAUGUACGACCCCCUCGACGACGACCAACAAGAGGUCGAGGGCUUCCAUGAUUUCCUUCAGGAGAUGCUCUCGCUCAUGGCGACCGUUGGUACAGAGGAGCCCGUGUAUUCCCUGGGCGAACUCCAAUCGAUGCUUGACGGGAUGAUGCAGGAUUUCACCUCCCCCCAACCGCCACCACCAAGCAGCUUCUUCACCAGCACCAGUUCAUCGACGCGGUUCGGCGCACCCAGUGGCGGAGCGCAGCAGCAGCGUCGAUCCUCCUCCCGCGUACGGCCUCAGGGGUUCGGCGGCUCGGCAUGCUUCAGCCAGACGGCUUUCUCCGGCUGCUAAGCACUUGCGCGAUCUGCAUCGCAGUUCAUACGUCCGUGGGUGUAUACAUAUCCUAGUUACAAGGAUCUCACCCGCGUGAAGGCACCGAAAUAUGCAGAGACCGGGGACCGUGGAGCUAGCGCUCCAACGAUGCACACAUCACCCACUCACUGGAUCAGGGAAAUAAAGGAGAUGGUAGCUAGAUAUUUCCAGUUGAGCAGCAACUCGGAACGAUCUUCAUUGUUAGUUUUUGUUUAGAUAGUUGUACAUAGAUGAUGACAAUCAGAAGUGAAGACGUGAUGUUUUUGCA